UAUUAAUCCUUUUCGGGGAGUUUUUAAUAUUAUAUAUAGUUUUGUUUUUAAAAUGGCAUCAUUUAGCAAUAAGAAACAAAAAACAGAAAAGAAAAAACCUAAAUAGAGUCUCCUCUUCUUUCAUUCAAUGCAAUGGCGAUUGAAAAUAAGGAAAAGGUUGAUACCUUGACCUGCAAUAACUAAUGGCUUCCACCAAUGUUCAUCUUUUAGUUGCUUGGCCUUGUUUUAAAUAUACAUAAUGCUUCAACUUUUGUAUAUUUUUUCUUGAUGAGCAAUAAUCUAACUGCUUAAAAAAUAUUUUUUCUUAAUUUAAUUUUGCAAGACAGUUUGAUUUUUCAAGAUGGUCCAAAAAUAUCAAUCUCCUAUUAGGAUAUAUAAAUAUCCUUUUGAGCUUGUUAUGGCUGCUUAUGAAAAACGCUUUCCAACUUGCAAAAUGAUACCAGUCUUCCUUGGUAGUGAUACAACAUAUGAGUACAACAGCGAGGAUGGUGCUGUCUAUAUUAUAGAACGUCGCUGUCGUCUUAAUGUUGAAGCUCCUUAUCUUUUAAAAAAAAUAAUUGGAGUAGAUGUUGUGUAUUUUAUCCAAAAGAAUACUCUUGAUCGGCGUGCAAGAACAUUGAAAAUUGAGGCGUAUAAUGAAAGUUUUGCUAAUAGAGUUGUAAUUAAUGAAACUUGCCUAUAUUCUGUUCAUCCUGAGGAUUCUGAUUGGACUUGUUUUGAACAAUCAGCAAGCUUAGAUGUGAAGUCUUUUUUUGGCUUUGAAAAUGCUGUAGAAAAAUUAGCUAUGAAGCAAUAUUCUCUUAACAUAAAAAAGGGAAAAGAAAUCAUAGAAUAUUUCAUCGAUGAACUAGAGAAGGAGGGAGUAACCUAUAUUCCACCCUUUAAAGAUAAAGAAGGUGCUCCUGCUGUUGAAAUAACAGAAACUGAAGGUGCUUGUGCUGUAAACAACACAUCUAGAAAUAAUAGUCUUACUCAAUCACAUGUCUCUACAACUGUUGCAUUAUCCCCAGAAGCUCACCAAACUGCAGAAGCCAACUUUAAAAUUGAAUCUGAAUAUAUCAAGCGAUGUCUUGGAGAAUUAACACCUUUUCAAGAAUCCUGUCUUGUACAGUUGAAAAAAUGGAUUGCUGAAGCUCAUCAAGGAAAGGUUCCAUCAGAUCAAACGUUGAUGCGGUUUCUGAAAGCUCAAGAUUAUAAUUUAGAGAAGGCGCGUGAAAUGCUGUGUCAUUCCUUGGUGUGGCGUAAAAAGUAUCAAGUGGAUAGAAUAUUAUCAGCAUAUGACCCCCCUCCAGUGAUUAAACAGUUUUUUCCUGGUGGUUGGCAUCAUUUCGAUAAAGAUGGUCGACCAAUGUAUAUUUUGAGACUUGGUCAAAUGGAUGUCAAAGGAUUUAUCAAGUCCAUAGGAGAGGAAGGAUUGAUGAAAGUGACCCUUCAUGUAUGUGAAGAAGGUUUGAAAAGAGUUGAAGAAGCUACUCGUGCUACUGGUAAACCUGUCAGUGCCUGGACUUGCUUGCUUGAUUUAGAAGGCCUUAACAUGCGCCAUUUGUGGCGGCCUGGUGUCAAGGCACUUUUACAUAUUAUUGAAAUUGUAGAAGCCAAUUAUCCUGAAACCAUGGGAAGAGUUUUGAUUGUUCGUGCUCCUCGUGUUUUCCCUAUCCUUUGGACUCUGGUUAGCACCUUCAUUAACGAUACAACUCGUUCUAAGUUUAUAUUUUAUGCAGGAAGUAAUUAUCAAGGACCAGGUGGAUUGCUGGAUUAUGUUGAGAAAAAGUACCUUCCAGAUUUCCUUGCUGGAGACAGUCAGUCCAAUAUAUCAGAAGGAGGUCUAGUGCCCAAGUCUUUUUACAUGUCAGUGGAAGAAUAUGAAAAAGAGAAAGCUGAAGGCAAUCACCUGUUUGACGAUUCCAUGUAUCAAGUUAUAAGCUUAGCCAAAGGACAAUUCCAUGAAGUUGUGCUCACCAUAACAGACAAAGGCAGUGUUAUUUGUUGGGACUUUGAUGUUAUGAAGGAUGGCAUUUCAUUCGGUGUUUAUCGAACUCUGCAACCCCUACCCCUGCCUGAGAAAGAAGUAAACGAUGAAGAUAUACAAGGUUGUGGACAUGCUUCUUUGCCAUUGGGUAUGCUCAAUUUAGACGAUCCUGUUCAAAGUGUUAUUCCUAAAAACUGGACUCUUGGCAAAGAUUAUUUUAUAGUUGAGCCUUUGUUAACUUGCAAAGAUGGAGAGAGUGUUCAGGGCUCUCACGUCACUCGAGUAGAGGGUUCGUACAUUUUACAGUGGAAAUAUGUUGAUACUACUAUUCACCACCAUUCUUUCGACUUUCCUUUGUCAACCCAUAAAUCUAAAGUUAUGUAUUAUUAUGAGGUGCUAAAAUCUCAGGACUACAGGGGCUCAAUGUCAAGCCUGCAAUCAUCUCACAGUGGUACAACUUGUACAUCAACUGGGGAACAAUCUGGAAUUAGUUCAUGCCCAUCAAGAUGAUAAACACUAUUUUAUUUUUUCUUCCCUAAAUUAACUGCUGUUUACAUGUGUUCUGCAAACUCUUGAUUGUUUUGACAAGUAUUGAUGUCCCACUACUUCCCUAAGUGUGUAAAGAAAAGUAAACAAAGUUGAGCUUUUCUCUUCCCACUUUUUUAGAGGCUUUUACACAUUUCUUGUUUGGUAAUAUUAAAAAGUAGCACUAAGCAUUUAAAGCAAUUUUAAAUUGUUUAAUAUUUUAAAAUCAAUAUGUUAAAUUCUAUUGAUUCAGAAAAAAAUUCAGAAAUUUUCUGUUAGUUUAACCAUUUUUUUUAAUAUCUUAUAAACUAAUAUGCUUUUUUCUUAUUAUUGUGAUGGCAUUUAAAGUUUUAUUAAAAAAAAUAUAACUCCGUCCAUGCUUAACUGAAUAUUAUCGCUUUAAUAUUUUUUGGUGCCAAAUAUUUUUUAUUAGUUUAUUACUAUACAUUUACCUUGAUUUACUGUGUUAUUUUGUUGAACUAAAGAAAAAAAUCUAGUGUUCUGUAUUGCACAGUUACAUAACAAAUAAAGAUAUUAAAAAAAUCAAUUUACAGUCAACAUUCGAUAGAUAGAGCCUUGGGGUCCAGUUAAAACUGGAAGUUAUACUGUAAGUAUUGUAUAUUGAGAGACACAAAAAUAUCAUAAAUAUACAUUUGACCAAUUUUUACAAAGCAGUGCUUAGCUUUAAUAAAAAUUUGGUCGCUAUCAGAAAAAUUUGUAAUAACUUUUUAAUAUAUUAAUAUUUAAAUAUCUUUAAAAUUAAUACUUCUUAUCUUAAAAAUUUAAUAACAUAGUAAGCUGGUUCAGGUCUGCUGUUUCCAAUAAAUAACAUAUGUCAAGAUAACUGGGAGGACCACAUGUUUUAACUCUAAAAUAAACCACAUGAGUGGACUGGCACUUCACAAAAAGACUAAAUACUACAAUGUUCAAACAAGAAACGAUACAUUUAAUUGUAUCCUUUGAAAAGAAAGUUAUACAGAUUUAGAAUGACCGUAAAUUAUGUCCACCUUGGAUGUAGUCUUAGAGUUCAGGGACCUUUAUUAAAAGGGGUUUCAUGGUGUUUUUCAUUUAUUGUGUGGGAGGAUGAAAGAAAAUUAUGGUUCAUAUAAUUCUUUAAAACUUAUUCUGAAUCAAAUUACUAAAUUUCAUUGGCUAUAUUGCAUUGAACUGUUCAGUGCGGAUGUUCUAUCGGUCAUUGAAAUAACAUUAUGACUAUGGAAAUACAAAAACGACUUUAUUUGUUGAUCAUUAUAUUUUUAUAAUGGGGGUCAUACUAGAAAGUGUAGACUGUACUAUGUUAAUUCUAAGGUUCUGUUUCUUUUUGUUUUAAGAAUUCUGAACAAGUAUUAAUAUUACUAUUUCUCAUAAAUUUUGCUAGCUAAUUUGUUUUUUAAGUAUUGAGUUAAGGAUUCUUUCAUUGAAUAUUUAGCAAUAAAAUUCGUAAAUAAUUAUUUUAAUGUUUUUUAAAGCAAUCAAGAGUCUGCUGAUUUAUAUAUGUUAAUAAAUAAAUAAAAAUAUGAGAACUAUAUGUGCUUAUUGUAAACUGCAUAGUAUUUUUCUUGGAAAAAAUUCUAUUUAUCCAAAUAAAGAGUGCCUAUAAAUUCUAAAAAUUUAAUUAUGCUAUAAUAAUAUAGGCAUUAUAUGCAAAAUAUUCUAAUAAAUUCUAAUUCUAAUAAAUUAACAACUAUAUUACUAUAUAUUCUCGAUAGAAAAUUUUCUCUGAUAAACAAAUAUUACUUAUGUUUAAUUACUAUU